ACAUCCACAAUUCACGAACGACUUUGUCCUUUCUCUCUCUAACUUUCUCCAUCCCUCUCUUUCUCUCUCCUGCCAACACAGGACGCUACGAAGAAAAGUCGCAUCACGAACCUUCUCAGAAACCUCCGCGGAUUCUUCAUGAACCCACACCGUGUAUCACGCCGCUCCCCCUUUUAGAAUGGGAUUGGAACCCUCGCUUCGACACCGGAGCUUUUGUUGCUGUUGCGUGCGCCGCGGCUUCUGAAAAAAAAAGCGAGUUAGGGUUUUGAUGCGAUCGAUCUCGUUAGGUUAUCGGCGAUGAUGGCGGAUGAGGGAUUCGAUUAUCCGUACGGGAACACCGUCGAUGACGAUAAGCUCUGCAUCGAUCUCGAGACCAUCAUGAGCGUUCUCGACGAGGAUACCGAUCCUUCCGGGAGUAGUCCUGAGGAUUCUACAUUGAAAAAUGUUUCACCGGGUGAAUCUGGUAUCCAUGACAAUUUUCUACUUCAAAAUGGGGCCUCUGUGCUUCAAUGUGAACAUGAAAACCAGGGGCCUUCUUCACAUACUUUCUCUUCCCCAAAUGCUCAUGCUGGUGGUUAUAGGGAGUCGUUCUCAGUGGGUGAAAAUGAUGAAAUUUGCUUCACAGAACGCCCAGGAGUUUCAAAUUGUGAGAUACCUGCUUACAUUGCUGACACAAGGUUCCCUGAUCCUGAGGCGAAUUCAAGCAACGUAGUCUGUGGAGAUAAUUUGAAUCUGUCUCUAUGGAAGUCUGAAAAUGACAGCCAAGUCAAGCAUGCAGGAUAUGAUGCUGAAUCUGAACAUGCUUCACAUGGAUCUAACGUUGAUAAUGUUGAUGUAAAUAUUGAAGAUUAUGGUAACUAUAUGAAAGACAUCAUCGGAAUUUCUGGGAAACAGGAAAAUGACUCGUGUACAUCUUUUGAAAUGCCGUUUGUGGAUGCUGAUAUAUCUUCACAUGUUGCAACAUCAACUGAUUCUUCUAUUUGUCAAGGUUCCAAUGUUCCCAAUGGUUAUAGUGACUUUUAUCCAUCUUUGAAUUGUUAUCGAGGUAUGGAUGAUAGAUCUGUUGUUGCCAACACUUCUGGUUGUUUGUCUAAUGGUGUAUAUCAUGAGUGGAAAAAUGAAGAAAUGAUGAGGAACACGAAGGUUGCUAAAAUGGAGUUCUUUGCUGAUACAACACAUGCGAGUAGUGGCAUGCAUUUCAGCCCUAAUGGAGGGAUAUCCUUUCCAGAUAGUCAAUUUAUGUUUGCAGAUAGUAACUAUGCAUCAUUUUUUCCUGGUAAUGUUAGUUUUGAAGACAAUACAUCAAUGCAACUCUCAAUUUGGGCUCCAUAUAUAUCAAGUGGAGGUCAAUCACUAAAUGUCAAAGCUGAAAGGGACGAACAGAUUAUGCCUUACCAAAGUUCCGUUCACAGUGAUGAUACUGAGUUCAAUGCUGGUCAAGAGACGAAACAACUACACGGUAUUUUUGGUGCUGUUGGAUGUCAGGGUAAUGAUUUAUUCAAGUGUGAGGAUAGUGUUACUAUAGCAACAACUGAGAAAGCCAAUUAUUAUCACGAUGCUAUAGAUGGAUCUGCCAAUAACUUUCCAGAACUCAUGGGAAAUUUGAAUUUAAAACCAUUAGAUAAAUCUUUGUAUAAUGCCCAGACAUUAAUUGCCAGUGGGAAGCAGUAUAAUUGUGUUAUGAAUAAGGGAGAGGGCAAAACAAUUGAACAUAGAAGUAUUGAUUCUCAAGUUCCAAAGGGAAACAUUGAGAGAUCCAGUAUUGAGGAUGAUUCUGAUGUUUGCAUUAUUGAAGGCAUCAGUCACCCUGCACCUAUAAUUCGACCCGUGGAGCUUGGGAAUUGCCUUAAUGCAUCACAAUCUUCUAGAGGUGGUUAUACUCAUUCUUAUAUGGUCGGAGGUAUGAGGCCAAAGGCGCGUGACGAGCAAUUCAUAUUACGAGUUGCAUUGCAGGAUCUAUCCCAGCCCAAGUCAGAGGUUAGUCCACCAGAUGGACUGCUGACAGUUCCUCUUUUACGACAUCAGAGAAUUGCUUUAUCAUGGAUGGUUCAGAAGGAAACAUCAAGUUUAUACUGCUCUGGAGGAAUUCUUGCAGAUGAUCAGGGUCUUGGAAAAACAGUGUCAACCAUUGCUUUAAUAUUGAAGGAAAGACCUACUACGUUACUGAGUAAAUGCAACAAUGUGCAAAAAUGUGAAUUAGAAACUUUGAAUCUGGAUGCGGAUGAUGAUCAGCUUCCUGAGAAUGGUGUGAAGAAUGAAUCUAAUAUGUGUCAGGAUUUGUCUAGUAGAAUUCCGAACAAGAGCAUAAAUUUGUUAGUGCAUGCAAAGGGAAGGCCAUCUGCAGGAACCCUUAUUGUUUGUCCAACUAGUGUCUUGCGACAAUGGGCUGAUGAGUUGCAAAAUAAGGUAACUGGCAAAGCAAAUCUCUCUGUGCUAGUGUACCAUGGAAGCAAUCGAACAAAAGAUCCUUAUGAGCUUGCUAAGUAUGAUGUUGUUUUGACGACUUAUUCAAUUGUCAGCAUGGAGGUCCCUAAGCAGCCUCUGGUUGACAAAGAUGAUGAAGAAAAAGAAACUUAUGAUGAUCUUGCAGUACCAAGUAAGAAAAGGAAGUGCCCUCCUAGUUCUAGUAAAAGUGGCAAGAAGGGAUUGGACACUGUGAUGCUUGAGGCCCGUCCUCUGGCAAAAGUGGCUUGGUUUAGAGUUGUCCUUGAUGAAGCCCAGAGUAUAAAGAAUCACAGAACCCAAGUUGCAAGGGCCUGUUGGGGUCUUCGGGCCAAGCGUAGAUGGUGCUUGUCAGGGACUCCUAUUCAGAAUGCAAUUGAUGAUCUCUACAGUUAUUUUAGAUUUUUAAGAUAUGAUCCUUAUGCUGUGUACACAUCAUUCUGUUCCACAAUUAAGAUCCCUAUCAGCAGAAAUCCAUCAAAAGGAUAUAGAAAGCUACAAGCUGUCUUAAAAACUAUAAUGUUACGUCGGACAAAAGGCACACUUCUUGACGGGGAGCCUAUCAUUUCCUUGCCACCCAAAUCGGUAGAGUUGAAGAAAGUGGAAUUUUCACAGGAGGAACGUGAAUUCUAUUCCAGACUAGAGGCUGAUUCCCGAGCACAGUUUCAGGAAUAUGCUGAUGCUGGAACUGUGAAGCAAAACUAUGUUAACAUUUUGUUGAUGCUUUUGCGCCUUAGACAAGCUUGCGAUCAUCCUCUGCUUGUCAAGCGAUACAAUUCUAAUUCUCUGUGGAAAUCUUCAGUUGAGAUGGCAAAGAAGCUUCCUCAGGAAAAACGACUAUCUCUUCUAAAAUGUUUAGAGGCUUCCUUGGCCCUCUGUGGUAUCUGUAAUGAUCCUCCUGAAGAUGCUGUUGUUUCAGUUUGUGGUCAUGUUUUUUGUAACCAAUGCAUUUGUGAACAUCUUACUGGUGAUGACAAUCAGUGCCCUGCUACUAAUUGCAAAACUCGGCUAAGCAUGUCUUCAGUGUUCUCCAAAGUCACACUGAACAGUUCUUUUUCCGAUCAGGCUUGUGAUAAUUUGCCUGGUUACUCUGGUUGUGAAGUGGAGGAAUCUGAGUUUUGUUCUCAGACUCAGCCAUACGAUUCUUCAAAAAUUAAAGCUGCACUUGAGGUGUUGCAAUCAUUGUCUAAACCACAAUGCUGUGCAUCCCAAAAUAAAUUGGUGCAGAUUAGUUCUGGGGAAAGUACUGAUGGCCUUGGUAGCUCAUCUAGUGCCGCCACACCGAAAUCCUUAAUUGAAUUUCCGGAGAAUCAAAAUUUGAUUGAGGAGAGAAACUCUAAUAAUUCUGUUGGUGUAGGGGAGAAAGCUAUAGUGUUUUCUCAGUGGACAAGGAUGCUAGAUUUGCUUGAAGCAUGUCUUAAGAAUUCUUCAAUCCAGUAUAGAAGACUUGAUGGAACAAUGUCAGUCACUGCAAGAGAUAAAGCUGUUAAAGAUUUUAACACUCUCCCUGAGGUUUCAGUUAUGAUUAUGUCCUUGAAGGCUGCUAGUCUUGGUCUGAAUAUGGUCGCUGCCUGCCAUGUUCUAAUGCUAGAUCUAUGGUGGAAUCCUACAACCGAAGACCAGGCAAUAGAUAGAGCGCAUCGAAUUGGACAGACUCGUCCUGUCACAGUUUUACGUUUAACUGUUAGGGAUACAGUGGAAGACCGUAUAUUAGCUCUGCAGCAAAAAAAGCGAAAAAUGGUUGCAUCUGCCUUUGGAGAGGAUGGAACUGGUGGUCGUCAAAGUCGCCUUACAGUGGAUGAUCUAAAAUACUUGUUCAUGAUGUGAUUACUGACUAGACACAUAUAUCCAUACAGAUAUAAUUUUUAUUUUUUGGAUUGGUGAUUUUUUUCCUGGGAGCAGGCGUCAUUGUGGGUUGUUCUUUUUGGUGGCAGCAGAAGAAACAGGGUGCUGAAAAUUUUCUAACAUGGCCUCUGUUGACACUUGACAUGAAAGAUUAUAUGAAUUGUCUUUAUAGUUAGAGAGAGAUGAUUCACAUUUGUUUACCUUGAAAUUUUGGUUUAGUCGUUAACAUUUGUAUAGGAUGUAGAGAGUAGAGGCUUUUAGACAGAAACAGAGAAAUUAUUGUGCUCGUUGUAAAUAUCAUAGAUAGAUAAUUUUUUUCUUUCCUUUUCCAA